AUGAGCUUCUACGAACAUCAACUUGAAAGGCGACAGAUACGUCUGGUCACAAUUCUUCCAUCAAAUGAUUCAUCCAGUCUCAUCGAAUGCACGAUACGGAUUGUGCAGAUCGACGACCUUCUGAAUUACGAAGCUUUGUCUUACGUCUGGGGGACCACUGAUGAUUCGGUUCGAAUCCUUAUUGAGACUGAACCCUUCAUUGUGACAAAGAAUCUUGGAUCAGCAUUGCGGCAACUACGAGAUACAAAAGAGGCACGAACAAUGUGGAUUGAUGCCAUUUGCAUCAACCAAGAUGAUAACGCUCCCGAAAAGCCUCAGCAGCUACUCCUUAUGCGCCCUAUCUACGAACGAGCUUCAAAGGUUGUGAUAUAUGUCGGUGAUCAGGAGAUUGACAGUGAUUUGGCGCUGGAUACAAUUUCACGAAUCAAUGAUGAACUACAGCAACAACUUGACAAUAAAAGGCGCGAUCUUGCUACUUUUUGGUCAUCUUUAAACCUGGGUGAGACCACAUUUUUCCGUACGCAGCCGUUUGAUCCUAGACCCUGGGUAGCAAUAAAUCGCCUCUUCCAGAGGCCAUGGUGGACACGAGUCUGGACAGUCCAGGAGGUAAUUCUACCGCAAAACUCCAUCGACUUUCUUUGUGGGAGGAAGAGCGUUUCUUGGCUUGCUUUACAGAGAGUCUCCCUUAUGUUAGCAAAAUAUGACUUCGAGUCACACUGGCAAGUGCUGUCUGAGAAGGGGUACAGUCUCUAUCAUGCCGCUUUUGAGCAGCCUAUUCACGCAAGAAAAGAGAUUCGCAAGGCAAGCACACGUGACAGUACGUUGCUUUCGUAUCUGGUUGGAUUCUAUCAGCGGCAAUGUACCUCACCGCUAGACAAGAUAUACGGUUUCUUAGGGGUUGCUUCCGACUUCCAAGAGAAAGACAUUCCGAUCAACUAUCAGCUUCCUGUUCAAGAGCUGUUUGGCAGCGUGGCUGUCUUUUUUGUCAACCGUUACGAAGGCGCAAAGUUUCUCGCACUCUGUCAGCGAAAGGGACGUAUGACGGAUUUGCCGUCUUGGACACCAGACUGGACGAUCCAACAGCCUGAUGUGGAGCGAUUGAAGAAAGAAACGGCCUUUGAAUCUCUAUUCAAGAUCCUGGGCUCGGCUUCCCGCCCCCAAUUGCUAUUGCGAAUUGGACUGGAUCUACUGCACUCACGGGUCCAAGCUGUUGGGGAAGAUCCUUUUGAGACACCUAUGGGAGCUAUCUGGCAUUGGCUGUCGCUGGUGAAUGCCCAUACUCCCAAUCCUUACCCGACAGGACAGUCAAAUUUUGAAGCCCUGUGGCGCACACUGGUGAUGAAUCGCACGUCUGACAUGCGUCUUGCUGAGCGCGGUAUGUUCGAGCACUUACUGAUACCAUAUGCGGUGGAGAAAAUCAAACAAGGUAUUGACAAUCCUAGUCGCCAGUUUGCGUUGGGGGCAUCUUUGAUGGCUCCCUUUGUGGAUAUUGUUUGGCUUGCUUUAAGCGGGAGACGCUUCUUCGUUGCCGACAACGGUUACAUAGGAUUAGCACCCAAAGACAUCGAGGUUAGUGAUUGUAUCUGCUUGAUAUUUGGCGUUGAGGUACCGAUAGUCCUUAGAGCACAGGAAAAUGGAUGUAUGGAAAUUAUUGGAGAAUGUUAUUGCCACGGCAUUAUGGAAGGCGAGGGCCUCAAGGAUUACUGGGACAGCAAGGCGGCACCUGAGGCACUCAUCCUGAAUUGA